AUGGACUCAGAAAACUCAACAAAGUCCACUGACGUACCAACAACGUUGGUUGCUACGGCGAAAGAACCGGAAUGGCUAGGCAACUCGGACGUUUUUCACGCGUAUCAUUUGGUGCGUAAAAACAAAGUUCCAGCGGAGAAUAUAAUCACUUUCGCCUACGACGAUAUUGCAAAAAAUCGCAAAAAUCCGUUUAAAGGUAAAGUGUUCCAAGAUUACGAGCACAAAGAUGUAUACAAUGGGGUGGUAAUUGAUUACCGUGGAAGAGAUGUCACACCGGAUAACUUCAUGAUGGUGUUAAAAGGCGAUGAUAAACUUGAAGCCAACAAGAAGAAGGUGCUCAAAAGCGGUCCCAAUGACAACGUAUUCAUCUUCUUCUCCGGCCAUGGUGCCAGUUCCGUUAUUGUCUUCCCAGGAGAAGAACUGCUUGCCAUGGAGUUGAACGAUACCCUUGCAUACAUGCGUUCAAAAAAAAUGUUCAACAAAUUGGUGCUGUAUGUAGAGGCUUGCAACGCUGGCUCAAUGUUUCACGAUGUUCUUCCUUCAAAUAUGGGAAUCUACGUGACAACAGCAGCCAACGAAGAUGAAGAUUCCUCGGCUUUGUUUUGUUCUGACAAGGACAUCGAUGUUUGUCUAGCGGACGAAUACUCGUAUGAAUGGCUUUUAGAUUCGGAAUACAAAGACAUAAAAACGCGUACACUGGAUGAACAAUACGAGGAGGUGAAAAGGUGUACAGUGUUUAGUCACGUGAUGAAAUACGGCGAAAUGCGGAAUGCUGCAGAUAGAAAGCCCUCUUGCCAGGCGCAUUUGUUUACAAAGUCCCGACGGUUGUUUGAGGCCGCAAGAGAGGAAGCACAUGAAAUCGCUUGGCACAGGCUUUACCGUGCUCUUCAGAUCCUUGAGGUAGCCCAGCAAACAUCCCAUUUAAUGGAGCUGUGCAAAGCCGGAUACGAGGUCGAAGCCCUCAUCGACUGUGUCCACAACAUCUGCUCCUAA